CCACAGCAGUACGUGCCAAUAUUAAAAAAUUCGAACGUGCAAGUUAUAGGAUUCAAUUCGGUACUUCCUUAACACUCUUCAAAAUGAAACUUACGUUUAAAACACUGCAACAAAAGCAGUUCCAACUGGACGUCGACGAAGCAAGCAGUGUUGCCGAUGUUAAAAAGAAAAUAGAGGAAAGCCAAGGACAUCCCGUUGCCACACAGAAGCUGAUAUUCUCAGGCAAAAUUCUUGCUGAUGAGAACACUGUUGCAAGCUAUAAUAUUGGCGAGAAAGACUUUUUAGUUGUAAUGGUCUCAAAGGUUUCAAAGACGAGCGCAUCUUCGGCUCCAGCAACACCUUCUAAAGCAGAGACUCCGGAGCAGUCAAAGACCAGUGAGCCUGAAAAGGUUGUGACGACGGAAAUCCCUCCAGCCACAGGAGCUUCUUCUACCGCAGCAGCCGCCACAGCUGAGACAACCACCACCACGACUACCACUGAAGAAAGCAAAUCAUUGAAUGCUUCAGAUGCACUAGUCACCGGCCAACAAUAUGAAGAAGCCAUCCGAAAUAUGAUGGAAAUGGGUUUCCCACGAGAUCAGGUCAUUAAAGCAAUGAGAGCUAGCUUCAACAAUCCCGACAGAGCUGUUGAUUAUCUUUUCAGUGGUAUCCCAGAACAUCUUCUCCAGGAACAGUCCAGUGCUGAGCAUGAAUCAGCAGAGCAAGAGGGAGACAAUAAUCCACCAGAAGCUGACACCGAGAUGGGAGAUGAUACCCCUCAAAAUCUUUUCGCUGCUGCUGCUCAGCAAUCUCAACAACAAGGGGGAAGUGGCUCAGACCUAUCUUUCUUGCGAUCGAAUGAGCAGUUCCAACAGUUACGACAAUUGGUACAAGCUAACCCUAACUUACUGCAACCUCUUCUGCAGCAAGUCGGUCAAACCAACCCAGAGCUGCUCCGUAUCAUUAACAACGAUCCUCAAGCAUUCCUUCAAAUGCUUGCUGAAGGAGGAGAUGACGACGACGAAGGCACGACGGCUCCUGCUGGUUCACAAGUCAUUCAAGUAACGCAGGAAGAGAAAGAAGCCAUCGAUCGAUUGGAAGGUCUUGGAUUUGAUCGUGCGUCAGUUAUUGAAGCAUACUUUGCAUGCGACAAGAAUGAAGAACUGGCCGCCAAUUUCCUAUUUGAUCAAGGGAAUGAUGAUUACUAGAAAACUCCCUGCAUGUAACCCUCAUAUUAUGCGAAAUUUGAAAUAAACGAGCACCCGUAAAACAUUAUGAUUGUUAUUCAACAAAUUACCAGUUGGUCCGGAUUCGGGGAUUUCACCCCCAACGUUUGGCGGGGGGAUCGGGAAAUAUACUUGCUUCCUUUGAUAUCUGACACGUAGUGAUUGAUUGUAGC